CCUGUAUCAAUGGCUGAAGGAAACUGGACAAGAGUUAGUGAGUUUAUCCUCAUGAGUUUCUCUUCCCUACCUGCUGAAAUACAGUCAUUACUCUUCCUGACAUUUUUAAUCGUCUACCUGGUCACCCUGCUGGGAAACAGCCUCAUCAUUCUGGUUACCUUGGCUGACCCCAUGCUGCACAGCCCCAUGUACUUCUUCCUCAGGAACUUGUCUCUCUUAGAGAUUGGCUUCAACCUAGUCAUUGUGCCCAAGAUGCUGGGGACCCUGAUUGCUCAGGACACAACCAUCUCCUUUCUUGGCUGUGCCACUCAGAUGUAUUUCUUCUUCUUCUUUGGGGUUUCUGAAUGUUUCCUCCUGGCAAUCACGGCCUAUGACCGCUAUGUAGCCAUCUGCAAUCCCUUGCACUACCCAGUCAUCAUGAACCCUAAGACAUGCACCAAACUGUCUGUUGCCUCCUGGUUUCCAGGCAUUCCCAUGGCUACUGUGCAGACCACGUGGCUCUUCAGCUUUCCAUUCUGUGGCACCAAGGUGAAUCACUUCUUCUGUGACAGCCCACCUGUGCUGAAGCUGGUCUGUGCAGACACAGCACUGUUUGAGAUCUAUGCCAUUGUUGGAACCAUUCUGGUCGUCAUGAUACCCUGCUUGCUGAUCCUAUGUUCCUACACUUGCAUCAUUGCUGCCAUCCUCAAGAUUCCAUCAGCUAAAGGGAAGCACAAAGCCUUCUCUACCUGCUCCUCCCACCUCCUUGUUGUCUCCCUUUUCUAUGUAUCUUUAAGCCUCAUCUAUUUCCGUCCUAAGUCCAAUAAUUCUCCUGAGAGCAAGAAGGUGCUAUCACUGUCCUAUACUGUUAUGACUCCCAUACUGAACCCCAUCAUCUACAGCCUGAGAAAUAAUGAGGUGAAGAAUGCCCUUGGCCGAACAUUCUACAAGGCCCUAGGCCUUAGAGACUGCAUCCCAUAG